GUCUUUCUAUUCGAGAAUGCUGAAUGUCUAAAACGCAAGUGUAUGUUAUAAAUGAUCUGAAACAUUUCCAGCAGUGAGAACGAAUCUAGAAGCGGCUUUCCAAGUAUGGCUACAGUAGGAGUGAAUGUGAUUGAAACAGCAGCUCUAGGGAGACCCUUCCAGCUGGGGAUGCUGUAUGACUGCAGGAAAGAUGCUCUUAUACCAGGAAUCACACUGUGGGAUCCAGUAAAGCUCCAGCAGAACAUACGAACCCGUCCCCAACUUAACUCCAAUAUCAAAGUCACAGCUUCAGACUCCAUUGAGAACAAAUCAAGCUUACUUAACAUCAACGGCUCUCUGAAACUCAGUCUUUUAGCUGGACUGGUCAAUGUGACAGGAGCAGCCAAAUAUCUUAACAACCUCAAGACGUCUUUGAGACAGCAGAGACUGACGCUGCAUUAUCACUCAACCUGCAGGUUUGAAGAACUGACCAUGAACCACUUGGCAGCUGAAAAUAUCGUUCAUCAGGACGUGUUUGAUAAUGACACAGCGACGCAUGUGGUGACAGCAGUGCUGUAUGGAGCAGACGCCUGCUUUGUGUUUGACAGAGAAGUUUCAGCAGAUGAGGAAAUAAGCACAGUAGAAGGAGAAGCAAAAGUGGUUCUUGAGAAACUCAAAUUCAUUUCAGGAGAUGCAAACAUCAGUCUGAAGAUGAAUGAAGCUCAGAAGAAUGCAGUCCAGAAAUUCACAUGCACAUUUUAUGGUGAUUUCCAGUUACCGUCUAACCCGACCUCUUUUGAAGAUGCGUUGAAGGUUUUCACUGAUCUUCCAAAACUGCUGGGAGAAAAGAAAGAGCUGGUGGUUCCUCUGAGAGUUUGGCUUCAUCCUCUGGAGAAACUACAUUCAAAAGCUUCAAAAUCUCUGAAACACAUCAGCAUGGAUCUAAUUAUUAAAACUGAAUCAGUGAUUGAAAGUUUAAAUACUGCUGAGAUGAAAUGCAGUGAUCUUCUGAAAGACUCUUCUGCUUUGACGUUUGCUGAAUUUCAGAAUAAAAUACUACAAAUGAAGCAAAACUGCUACAAGUACAAACUGAGACUUGUGGAGAAACUCGGCUCUCUGCUGCCAAACAUCCGUGGAGACGUGAUGAAGGAAACUGAGCUGAAUGAUCUUCUUCAAGAACAUGAUAAGUCUCCAUUCAGAGGAAGAGACCUCACAGAAUGGCUGAAAGAGAGAGAAAGAGAGUCUGAGAUCAUUAAAUCAGUCCUCAGACAGCUGAAGGAUGCAGGUGCACAGGUGAAAGUCAACAUGGAUGCCAUCUGGACGGAUUUGGAAGUUGAAAACCUGGUCUGUUACACAUUCACAUCAUUAUACUGGACAGAUGUGCUGCUUCCUAAACAAACCAAUUAUCUGAACCCUUCAACAAAAGGAGAAACUGAUGAAAAGAGCCCUGAUUCAGAGAAAAAGUCUUGGCUCAGUUCUGAUGUCAUGAAGAACAUGAGGAGCAACUUGGAGAUCUUUAAAAAGUUGAUCGAUUCUAAAGACUGUAAACCAGCCAGGUUCAUUGUGUCCUCAAGAGAAAUGAAGAAUAAUCCUGGUUCUUGCAUUCUGCUGUAUGAACAUGGAUGUGAUGAAGCUGUUUGCUUUAUUCCUCCAUCCAAACCAGUCUGUCCAGUCACUAAAGAGGUCACAGAAAACACUGUGGUUCUGAAGGUUCCUCCAUCAUGUCCUGCUACAGUGGAGCUCAGAUUACUGUAUAAACUAAAGCAGGACUCAGUCUGGACGUCUAAACCUGUGAUGAAGAAUCAAAACACAGUUAGUCUGACUGAUCUGAGAUCAGGAACAGAGAGUGGCAAAAUCUACAGUGUGGUAUAUCCUGAGAAAGAAAAAAGCACUGGUGAACUCAGCAACGCAAAAAGACCUGGACGUCCACGGAAGACAACAGUGGUGGAUGAUCGCAGAAUCAUUUCCAUGGUGAAGAGAAACCCCUUCACAACAGCCAACCAAGUGAACAACACUCUCCAGGAGGUAGGCGUAUCAAUAUCCAAGUCUACCAUAAAGAGAAGACUGCAUGAGAGUAAAUACAGAGGGUACACUGCAAGGUGCAAGCCACUCAUAAGCCCCAAGAAUAGAAAGGCUAGAUUGGACUUCGCUAAAAAACAUCUAAAAAAGCCAGCACAGUUCUGGAAAAACAUUCUUUGGACAGAUGAAACCAAGAUCAACCUCUACCAGAAUGAUGGCAAGAAAAAAGUAUGGAGAAGGCGUGGAACAGCUCAUGAUCCAAAGUAUACCACAUCAUCUGUAAAACACUGUGGAGGCAGUGUGAUGGCUUGGGCAUGCAUGGCUGCCAGUGGCACUGGGACACUAGUGUUCAUUGAUGAUGUGACACAGGACAGAAGCAGCCGAAUGAAUUCUGAGGUGUUCAGAGACAUACUGUCUGCUCAGAUCCAGCUAAAUGCAGUCAAAUUGAUUGGGAGAAGGUUCAUAAUACAGAUGGACAAUGACCCAAAACAUACAGCCAAAGCAACCCAGGACUUUAUUAAAGCAAAGAAGUGGCGUAUUCUUGAAUGGCCAAGUCAGUCACCUGAUCUUAACCCAACUGAGCAUGCAUUUCACUUGUUAAAGACUAAACUUCAGACAGAAAGGCCCACAAACAAACAGCAACUGAAAGCCGCUGCAGUAAAGGCCUGGCAGAGCAUUACAAAGGAGGAAACCCAGCAUCUGGUGAUGUCCAUGUGUUCAAGACUUCAGGCUGUCAUUGCCAGCAAAGGGUUUUCAAUUAAGUAUUAG